AUGAAGUGGCAUUCGGUGAUGCUUGGCGCCAUGUUUCAGCGGCGGAACGGCAACAGCUGGCGGUACAGCGGAAGUGGCAUUUUUGGGCGUUUCAUCGGCAUCGGCAUCCUGCUGCAAAUAAUUGCUAAUUGCGAUUACAGCGCUGGAGCGAUGCGAAACGUCGAGCUAGUGGUGGACCCUCCGGCUGUGCGUCGAAGCCAACAUGCGACCCUCCGAUGUCUGUAUGAUUUGAACGAUUCGCCACUAUACUCGGUCAAGUACUACCGGGGUCAGCGGGAGUUCUAUCGAUUUUCACCCAGCGAGUAUCCGGAGAAGAAGACGUUUCCCUUUCCGGGUAUCAAUGUGGAUCUCUCGCUGUCCAACGCCAGCCAGGUAGUGAUCCGAAACGUCGGUUUCGGACUGUCUGGCAACUUUUCCUGCGAGGUGACCGCCGAUGCACCCUUGUUUUCGACAGCAACCGGACACAUCCACAUGCAAGUGGUCGAGCUUCCAGACAGCGGUCCUACCCUGUGGACUGAGCACAACCGGUAUGAGGCCGGCGACGUGCUGAGGGCCAACUGCAGCUCACCCCCAUCCAGACCAAAAGCAGUCCUGAAACUGACAUUGAACAAUAUCGUGAUUUUCACCCCGGAACAGACGGUGCGAACCACGACGGACAAUCUGAUGACCACAGCCAUUUCGUUGAGGCUUCAUCUGCAGAGUUCGCACUUCAGCGGUGUUCAGAUGGCGGGAGGUGGCGGCAGCGGAACGCUCAUUCUCAGAUGUACCGCCACCAUCGGGACGCUGUACGAGCGGUACUCGGAGCUGGAGCUGGGUGUACCGCAGCGAGAUCCUAUUCCGGCCAGAGUAACCCUGACCGGAUCGGGAUCCAGUUCUAGCAUCCCAUCGAACCUGAUGCUACUGUUCGCCUGCCUGUUGUUGGUUGUGGUUCCCCUGCUGUCGUUGGCCAAUGAACCGCUUCUUCGGAGCCGAUCCCUCAUCGCCUCAUCGCUGGAACGAAGAUAG